GUAUGGCGUAUCUCUCUAUUCCCUUUAUAGCUAGAUCCCUCUCUCUCUCUCUCUCUCGCGUUCACACACUUACACAUGUAACACAAACAUACACAUACACACAAACACACCCACAACCCUAUUUAAUAACAAGCAUAGCCCACCUCUUUCUCCCAUGCACUUGUCCUCUUCACUCCCAACACCACCUCUCUUCUCUAGUUUUUGUUCAUGGUUACUUGCUUCCCUUAUCUCUCUGUCCAUAACUUGUCUCAAACACUCACUUCCUUCUCUCUUUAUAUAUAUAUAUAUCUCCAUCUUAGCUUCUUCCAUACCCAACUAAAUUAGUUUUUCUGAUACAAACUUUCUCUGACAAGAGCUUGAGUUCCACUUCUCUCUCUUUCUCUCUCCUUUGUCUACUAUUUCUUUCUGACACUUCCUCUGAACAACAAUGUCUAGCAGAAGAUCCCGUUCGAGGCAGUCAGGUGUUUCUAGCAAUAUCACUGAUGACCAGAUCACCGAUCUUGUUUCCAAGUUACAACAACUUAUCCCUGAGAUCCGCAAUAGGCGCUCCGACAAGGUAUCAGCAUCCAAAGUAUUGCAAGAGACUUGCAACUAUAUAAGAAGCUUACACAGGGAAGUGGAUGACCUAAGCGACCGUUUGUCCAAUCUUUUGGCUACAACAGACUCUGACAGCGCUCAAGCUGCAAUAAUAAGGAGUUUACUGAUGUAAUAGAGAGUGUUACGUUAUAUAAAUAUAUAUUAUUGUCUUUCUUCUUCUUUCUUUUUCUUUAUCUUCUUCUAUCUAGCUAGGGAUUGGUCACUAGGCCAAGACUAAGGGUUAACAUGGGCUCCAUGUUAUAUCCCUUAGUUUAAAAAAAAAAUGUAGUAGUAAUUAAUCUUAUAUAUAAUAAAAGAACUUCUAGAGUUCUCAAAUUUUGAGUGCUUCAAA